AUGGGUCUGAGAUGGAAGACUGGUUGCCAUUUCUCAUCUGAUAUCAAGCCUCAUAUUUUGUCAACAUUCUUGGAAACAGAGAGAUUCUACGUCCAGUCUCUGGAAUUUCUUGUCAAGAACUAUCUGCAACCCCUGAAGAGUCCAGAGAACUCUAAUCUUUGUGAUCAAGGUUCAUUAGAGGUGAUGUUCUAUAAGAUUGCAGAGAUCCUGCACAAUCAUCAGCAAUUCCUGGACCAGCUUGAGGAAAGGAUGAAACACUGGCAUGAUGAACAGAAGAUUGGUGACAUCAUCAGUCAAUCUUUUGCUCAGCAACCAAUCUUGGAUACCUACUCCGAAUUCACCAAUAACUUCAACAAGGCAAAGAACCUGAUCAGCAAAGCAGCUUCUAAACCAGCUUUUGCUAGAUUCCUUGAGGAAAGAGCCAAAGAGAACAAGGAGAAAUUGAGUUUAAGUGAUCUGAUAAUUCAACCCAUUCAGAGGAUACCAAGAUAUGAGCUUCUUUUGAAGGUUUAA